AUGAUGUUUUGCAGAAACGUCUCCGUGAGACGGAAGAAGAAAAAUUCUGGAACGGUGCCUGUUUAUCUCAAUGUUUACGAUCUCACACCAAUGAAUGUUUAUGUUCAUGGGGUUGAAUAUGGAUAUGGGGCACACGAGCAUUCAAGCACUGGGAUUUUCAAAGUGGAGCCAAAGAAGUGUCCUGGUUUCACCUACAGGAAAUCGAUUCUGGUGGGUGAGACGGAGAUGAAACCGAAAGAAGUUGGAAGUUUUAUGGAGGAACUAGCAGAAGAGUAUCAGGGGAAUAAGUACCACCUCAUCACAAGGAACUGUAAUCAUUUCUGUAACGAUGUUUGUUUAAAGCUAACUCAGAAGUCAAUCCCUAAUUGGGUCAACCGUCUUGCUCGCUUAGGUUUCAUCUGCAACUGUGUGUUACCGGCUAGCUUGAACGAGAUGAAAGUGAAGCAGGUAGGUAAAGACGGGAAGCUCUUGGAAGUAGGAGAAAGUAAGAAGAAAAAGAAGAAGAAGAAAAAGAAGUUGAGAAGCCGAUCGGGUCCUUUAGCAUCAUCUGAUUCAAGGUUAGAUAAUAAGCCUUCACACGUCAGGUCAAUAUCAACCGGUAAUCCUCCUUCUUCUCCUUCUGCUUCUUCUUGUCCUCUGAUAAAGCAAAGACAUGGAGUUCCUUCUGAUGCAUCUGGACCUCGAGAUUAGAAAAAUAUGAUUCUUUAUCAUUGUUUGAAAAGCUAAUUUAUAUGUAUUUGUAUAUGAAUGAAAGUGAGGAGGGGUCCUUGUGCUUUAUUAACAAGUGCUAUGUAUCCUCCAUUGUUAAUCCCUUUGGUGUUCACUUGGUAAUUGAUAUGUUAUGGUUAUAGGCGAAUCAUGAAAAUCUGCAAAAAGAGACUGUGAAUUCCAUAUUUCUCUUGUAUAUUUUGAUGUAAACUUUUUUGGAUAUUG